AUGCCUGAGGGACGUCAAUCACCAGCUCCUGAGCAGCAGAGCGGCCGCCAGCAGCAGGACCCUCCUGGCUCUGGUCACGGAAUCAACAAGACUGAUGACAAGGACCCCAAGAGCCAGCUUGAGAACCUCUCAUCCAACCCCAAGGGUAUCACCGACGAUAUUGUGGAAGAGAAAUUCUCCAAGACUGAGAAGAAAUAG